AUUAAGGCUGGUUCUCAGUUUCAAAUGUGUUUGGGAAAUGCGUAUAAUCGCUAUGACAAGUUCUUGACUUUUGCUAAUAACACAGUCAACAAACAAUUGAUGUGUUGUACUGCCUGUUCAUUAGAGUGUGUUACUGCUCACGAGUGCCCCUCUGCAUCUUUCGGGUGCGGUAUCAAUGACUAUGGAUAUUUUCAGGCCGAAUGUAACAAAAUAGGGAAAGGAACCUUUUGCAUUACCACUGGUUACAGCAACGGUCCAACUGUUAUCCCAGGUUCGAUAUGUGGGGGAAUUUUAGGCAACACAUUACCAGUAAACGCUCUGCUUGGAUCGUGUCCUAAUCUAGAUGCAGUAAGACAAACGCUAAACGGAUCAAAAACUUCGCAAAAUUUUACUUGGAUGUGUUGUGGCAGUGAUGGUUGCUCAGUUCCUAGUAACGUUUUAGUUGAUAAAAAUGUUGCUAGUACUAAUUGUGCUUAUGGUCAAUAUAGUAUGAUGUGUUUUAAUGAUAAUGGUGGUUGGAGUUGCACCGGAAGCGUUGCAGUGAAUAUUGAUGACAUUACGGUUCCUAUUGGAGAUUGUGUAAUGCAAAUAACCAGUCCUAACAUCGAAACUAUUUCCUCUAGUGCUAAUUUACCAGUAGCAGCAACCACUACCAAUAUUGAUGGAACUAAGAAAGUCACUUGUAACAGCAAUCCUACUUCAACAAAUUUAUCACCAGAAAUCAAUGGAAAUGAAAAAAAUUCUUCGGGUGAUAAAGUCAAUAGCAUUGCCAUUGUUUUUGGAGGAACUAGCGAGUGA